UUUACAAAUCACCAUCGGCACUUUCCAAUUGCUAAAGAGAAGGGCUUGUUUUGGCUACAAGACGAUGACUGGAAAAGAGUGCGGUCAGUUUUAAGCCCAACGUUCACUACUGGAAAACUUAAGCUGAUGGUCCCGGCUAUUGAGAGGUCAAAUAAGACUUUGAUGAGUAAACUGCAGGGAAUUGCUGAUACAGGAAAAAGCAUCGAUAUUUACUCUUGGUUCAGUCUCAUGACGCUAGAGGUGAUUCUUUCCACCUCUUUCGGAGUUGAGUCUCCAGUACAGACCGAGGGUAUUUGCAAUGAGUUCAUGGUUAAGUCGAGAGAGGUUAUCAAACAGCCUGCUGUGUUGAUUUACAUGCUUAUGGUCCCUUUGACUAAGCUUUGGGAUCGAAUCUACUUAAAAUUUGAGAGCCAUUGCAAGUUUUUCGCAGAAGUGGGUCGAAAUAUCUUGAAGAUCAGGAAAGAAGAAGGAAUUCGCGGAACUAAAGAUAUAUUGGACAUCAUGCUUUCAGCCAAAAACCCUAAUGGAACUCUUAAACUGACUGAAGAUGAAAUGGUUGGACAAUCGAUAGCAUUCCUGCUCGCUGGUCAUGAAACAUCAAGCAAUGCUUUGACCAUGUCUGCCUACUUUUUGGCUCUAAAUCAAGAUAUCCAAGAUCGUUUGAGGUCCGAAAUCCUUACAGUGCGACAGGCAAACCCUGAUAAGCCACUUUACGAACUAGUCAAUGAUUUGGAGUACUUGGAAUGUGUCCUCUGUGAAGUGCUGCGCAUGAGCCCACCUGCUUAUGUAACCGAUAGAUCUUGCAAUAAAGAUUACAAACUCAACGAGACAUCAACAAUUCCAGCAGGUAUGGCUGUAUUUAUUGCUAUACACGCUCUGCACCAUGAUCCAUCGGCGUGGCCCGAUCCAGAGAAGUUUGAUCCUGAGCGUUUUCGAGGUUCUGCCAAACUAUCGAGACAUCCCUUCCAAUUCCUUCCUUUUGGAGAAGGGCCACGUUUCUGCAUUGGCAAGAGAUUUGCUAUAUUGGAACUCAAGAUCACUUUGGUAGAUGUUCUGACAAAGUACAAGUUCAUGCGCUGUCCUGAAACAGAAGUGCCGCUUAAGAUGGUGGCCGGUAUGAAUCUCAUGCCAGAAAUGGCGUCUUUGUUAGAGUCGAAUCGAGUACUUGAAAUUCAGCUAUGAGUUAUUUCUGUGAACGUUGAAUACUGCACAGUGCAUUCCAAGAGCGAAAUGCAUUGCUGCUCAUUCGACUUAUCCAUCUUAAACCCUUGCGAUGGUACUGAACGGAUUGGGAAUGGAUAUUUUAAAUGCAGAYUUCACGUUAGCUGCAUCACAAAAUGAUUAUUCCAAACUUAGAUUGCUUGGCAUUUAAGUUCUUGACURCAGAGCUGAUUUAUUUACUCUAACACCAUAAAAACGGCUAAAGAGGGAGCAAUAAUUGUAAUGCAUUUCGGUCUUSGGAUACAUUAUCUUUAGUAAAAACGUUUUCCCGAUACGGC